AAGCAGCAGCGGCUGAGGCAGACAAGCUUGCGGCAGCGAACGGCUUAAUCUUCCUUUUCAAAGCUGCCAACGAAGCUACAAAGGCCGCCUGUCCUGCAGCCCUCUCGGCGGCGGCGCGUGUAGAGGGAGAGAGCUUCGAGUCUCACAUCGCUGUCAUCCUCGGGAAGAUCAGGUUCGGGAUUUUGGCGUGCCGGUCAUUUCGCAGGGCGGUUCGCGAGUCCAAUGCGGCUGUUGAGUGGGUGGAGAAGCUGAUGAGGGCGUUCGUUGCUGCUUCUGCUGAUCCUGCUGCUGCUGCUGCUGCUGCUGCUGCUUCUUCUGCUGCUUCUGCUGCUGCUUUUGCUGGGUCCAAGACAGCUGCUGCCAGUGAAUCCAGAAGAGCAAUUACUGCUGGGCAGGCCACAGGGUUCUUUUCUACAGAGCUAAAUUCUGGAGAAGAGGACAUGGAUGGGGAGGAGGACGGGGAUAGUAUUAGGGGCAUGGAUGUCAUUCUGUUUAAUUAUUUCUCGCCUGAGAGUGUGCUGGGUCGAGUGCGGUCCGGUGCGGCGGAGGCACGUGAAGAUGUAGUGCGCAUGCUGCGGGCACUGGCGGGCGAGCUGCGGGAACAAGGUUUAGCCGUGCAUGAUAUCUUUCGUUCCUUGCACCAACCCGGCACUACUCUGAGAGCCACCCUCUUGCGACUAAUGAUGGGUGCGGUAGCAGCAGGAGGAGUUGGAGCAGCAGCGGGGAUAACAAGAGUUGCUGGAGCAACAGUAGUGGCACGAAGAGGAGGAAGAGCUAGGUUAGUAGCAACCGUAGCAGCAGCAGCAGCAGCAGCCGCAGCAUCAGAAGCAGCAGCAGUUGCAGAAGUAGUAGCAGCAGCAGCAACUGCAGCAGAAGCAGCAGUAUCAGCAGCUCCAGCAGCAGCAGCAGCAGCAGCUGGAGGGGAUGAAGCAGCAGCAGCGCAUGUGGCAGCCGCAACAGGAGAAGGAAGAACAGCAGGGCAUGGAGUGAAAAGGGAAAUCUUGGCACCACAACGGGUGGAAAGCACACACGAAGACGAAGGGCCAGAGGAGUUGGCACCAGGGGAGGUUGCACCUGGGGAGGUGGCGCCUGGGGAGGUUGCACCAGGGGAGGUGGCGCCUGGGGAGGUUGCACCAGGGGAGAUGGCACCUGGGGAGGUGGCACCGAGAGAGGCGGCACCAAAUGAUUCCAUUGCUCGAGUUGCUGUUUUUGGACAGCUGAAGCGGCUUGUCCUGCUGUGCUGCUCGGGGUUGGAGGAAGAGGAGUGGCUCCAACUACUUGCUGUUUGUGUCAGGUUGGAGGAACUAACGGGUCCCCCGCUUCCCCCCACUAACGGUACAGCACCCGACGGAUCCGCCGCUUCCGGCGCUGACGCUGCUCCCGACGACGCGGGAAUAAAGAUGGUUCUUCCCAACAUUAGUUUCUCUAUGGGCCAACCUACCAUCGGCGCAACUGGCGCACCGCCUGGCGGAGGCCCCCCCAGCGGGCCUCCCCCCCAUGGCGGACCAACCCCCGCGCUUCCCCCCUAUCCUCCGCCGUCCAAUGAGGGUUACCCGCCUUCCGGCGGAGGAUACCCGCCGGAUUCUGCGCCGCGCUCCACGGGGCUCGGCGCGCUUGGCAUCGGCGGGGACGGGGGAGACAUGCGCGGGGAUACGCGCGGGGAGCACGGGGAACACAGGCAGAAGCGCUCCGCGGGGGAGAUGUACGGCGGGGAACCGGGCGACUCCGCGCGGGGUGGGGAGCGGGGGGAGCGCGGGGAGCGCGGAGGUGGUCCAGGCGGAGAGAGGGGAGGGGGAAGCGGGGAGCAGAAGCGUUGGCCGGGGUGGCCGGGGGAUAACGUGUUCCGGUUCGUGGUGCCGAUGGGGAAGGUGGGGAGCAUCAUAGGGCGGCGCGGCGAGUAUGUGAAGAAGAUCUGCGACGAGACCAAGGCGCGCGUUAAAAUCGUGGAGGGCGCUCCGGGCACUGACGACCGCGUGGUGCUGGUUUCAGGAAGAGAGGACCCUGAUUUAGAGCUCCCGCCAGCCGUGGUGGCAAUGAUGCGUGUGCACCGUCGGAUCGUGGAGGGCGUAUCAGAGGACGAGAUCGAGGCGUCUCAGCCGGGAGAGGGGUUCCGGGGGCAGGUGGCCACUCGCCUGCUCGUGCCUGCCACGCAGGCUGGGAGCUUGAUUGGCCGGCAGGGGCAGACCAUCAAAGCGCUGCAGGACAGCACAGGGGCGCACAUCAGGAUCCUGUCUCUCGAGGACGUGCCGCCAUGUGCAUUGGAGGACGAUAGGGUGGUGGAGGUGACGGGGGAGUAUGCGAGUGUGCACGAGGCAGUCAAGGGCGUCACUCUGCAUCUCAGGCGCUUCCUCUGUGACCACUCCGUGCUGCCUCUCUUUGAGCAAUGCCGCUCCUUCCCUCCCCCUAUGGACCCCAGGGGUGCGCCCUACUCUUCCCCUUCUGGCCGCGGAGGCGGGUGGGGGAACCCUCCUCCGGGGGGGAUGCACUCUCCCCCCCACCGCUCCCGCUUCGACCUCCCCCCCUCUGCUGCGCCUGACCCCUAUGGCUCCCUCUCUUCCCUGGGAAGCAUGGGCGGUCCUGACAGGUACGGCACAGCCAUGGGAGGCAUGGGAGCAGGGGGAGGGGGAAUGGAUGCGAGUGGGCAGUUGAGGGCAGCUCUGUCUAAGUAUGGAAGGGAGACGCCUGCUGCUGCUGCCGCUGCCGCUAUGACCAACACUGUCUCGCCUGUCGUCACGCAGGUCAGCGCAACCAUGCAGAUCCCUCUGUCAUACGUCGACGCCAUCAUCGGCCCCAACGGCACCAACAUCGUCUUCCUGCGCCGCACCAGCGGGGGUGUUGGCCCAUCCCGACUCUCCUCUCCAACCUCUCCCACUUGCAUUCUGACUUUGUGCUAUGCAGGUCAGCGCAACCAUGCAGAUCCCUCUCUCCUACGUCGACGCCAUCAUCGGUCUCAACGGCACCAACAUUGUCUUCCUGCCUGCGCCGCACCAGCAGGGGUGUUACCCGAUUCUUACACCACCACCUUCCACCCCCCUUUUUUUUCCAUCCCACCCACGCCUUCUUGCAUUUCGCCCAUCUUUGUUCUCUCCAGGUCAGUGCCACCAUGCAGAUCCCUCUGUCAUACGUCGACGCCAUCAUCGGCCCCAACGGCACCAACAUCGUCUUCCUGCGCCGCACCAGCGGGGGUGUUGGCCCAUCCUGACACUCGCACCCAUACUCCCCUUCCACCCCAUCCCCCACUCCAGGUCAGUGCCACGAUGCAGAUCCCUCUGUCAUACGUCGACGCCAUCAUCGGUCCCAACGGCACCAACAUUGUCUUCCUGCGCCGCACCAGCGGAGCCGCGGUGACCAUCCAGGAGAGCCGGGGGGCGGGCGGGCAGCCGGAGAUGACAGUGGAGGUGCGGGGCAGUGCCACGCAGCCGGAGAUGACGGUGGAGGUGCGGGGCAGUGCCACGCAGGUGCAGACGGCACAGCAGCUUAUUGAGGCUAUGCCGAACCUGCGCCUGCGCCUGCACCACCAGCUUCGGCGUACGGGUCUGCUGCAGCGCCAGCUCCGGCGUAUGGCUCGGCACCGACAGACCUGUCCGGCUAUGGCUCGUCUCUUUACCCUCCCAGCUCUGCUGGGGGUGGUGCUGGGACCGGGGGAGGAUAUGGAUCCACAGGAGGGUACGGGUAUUGACUGGGUUGACCCGACCCCGUCCCACCAGUGUUCUGAGGUGCUGCAAGUAUCGGCUCGUCUCUUAUACCCUUCCAGCUCUGCAGGGGGUGGUGCUGGUGCUGAGGGGGCAUAUGGAUUCAAAUUCCGGAGUUGCGUCAACCCGUGCGAUCCCCCGCAGGAGCCGUUGUCGGCAUUGGCGUCGGAAUACGCAGCGGGAAGCAGCACGUUCCAAGACAAGAUCGAGCACCUCGCAGCAGAGUACGAGGCCAUCAGGAGGACACGAGGAGAUGGAAACUGCUUCUUCCGCUGCUUCCUCUUUGCUCUCCUGGAGCACCUGUUACAAGGCGGCAGCAAGGAGGAGUGCGAGCAAGUGAGGGAGCGAGUGGCACGCAGCGAGCAGAGGCUGAGAGACCUCGGGUAUACCGAGUUCACAUGGGAAGACUUUGCUGCUGAGUAUCGAGAGCUUCUAGAUGCCGUGGACCCGUCAACUGCAGCAGAGAAGAUCAAGGUGGAUGGGCUGUUGAAGCGCUGUCAAGACCCAGACUGCUCCAACUAUGCGGUCAUGUUUCUGCGUUUCAUCACAUCAGCUGACAUCCAGCACCGGGCAGACUUCUUCCAUCCCUUCCUGCCAGAUGCCAUGGCUGGCAUGGGCACGCCAAAGGAGGCCGCCAAACAGUGGAGCCCAUGGGGGGAGGAGAGCGAUCACGCGCACAUCACAGCUGGUCUUUCUGUACCCAUCCUUGUGACCUACCUUAUUGCCCCUGCCUGCUUUUCCUCCUAUGCCUUUUUUGUACCCUCCCCAGUUCUGUCACAAGGCAGUGGAGGCAAUGGGGGAGGAGAGCGAUCACGUGCACAUCACAGCCAUCACAGAUGCCCUCGCCGUACCCAUCCGGAUCGUUUACCUUGA